AUGCCCGAGAAUUUAACAACCAGUGCAGAUUGUACGGAGAAAAGCGCAGCAUCUGAUACAGCGGAAGUGGAUACGAAUAAUUCAGACGUAAAAACGCCAGAAGUGGAGUCGGAAACACAAGUUGGAGUACCGUCAUCGGUGCCUAACUUGAAUCCGUUUCUCAUACAUCCACCCAUGACAAUGACACAACUGUUGUAUGAACAGCAGAAAGCAUUGUUCGCUCAACAACAUCAUCAUCUGCAACAGCAUUCCAACUUUUCAGCAAUAGCUUUAGCAAAGCCAAGCGAAACUAGCUCGUUUCUGAAUUCUCCGUUUGCUAUUUCGUCUCUCACAGCCACUGCUACAAGCAGCAGUUGUAGUAGUAGUAGUAAAUUACCCGUUGAAAGGAAGGAUACAGAUGACGAACGACGCAUUUUUUCUUCUAACCAGAAAGAUUCUUCACCUGGGACAACAGGACACAGCAUGAAACCAUCUGGAUCAACCGAUUCAUCAAGUAUGAAUGAUCGGCGCUCAUCUUGUUCUAACAGUCCAGAAGAUAGUAGUGGAAAACGGAAACAGCGUCGAUAUCGUACAACUUUUUCUGCUUUUCAAUUGGACGAAUUAGAAAAAGUUUUUGCAAGGACGCACUAUCCAGAUGUAUUUACCAGGGAGGAAUUAGCUCAACGGGUGAUUCUCACGGAAGCUCGAGUUCAGGUGUGGUUUCAAAAUCGACGAGCCAAGUGGAGGAAGCAAGAACGGACUUCCACCGUGCAUCCAUAUAGUCACGGUACGUCACACCAUGCGUCAAGGCCUCCACUUCCGCUUGUACAGCCUCAUCCUUACGCCCUUCUUGCCGCAGCUGCCGCACAACACUCUGUUGAAAACAGUGCUGAUCCAGCAGCUAUCAUGGCAGCUAUGACUGCGCAACAUCAAGCCAUGGCGGAGUCAAUGAUGAAUCCUGCAGCAUUGAUAGCAACACCUGCACUACUGAAUGCUGCUUCUAACAUAGCUUCAAAUUCAUUAAAAGAUGUUACUGAAGCUAUCGCUCGCCCUUCGCAGCUAUCCACCACUAUCAACCCCGGAAACGAGCAAACACUUAGCAGAAAUGCUGCUUCUGCCAGUACAUGCAAUUCAGAUGGAAACAGGACAACUCCGGUGAGUACGAUAGCAUCAUCAGUAAGUCCAGAAAAUGAGCGUACAAAAACAGCGGCAAAUAUGAAUUCUGCACUUUCAUUAACAAAUAUUCCUGCUUUUGUCCCUACAAUAAAUAGCACUAAUGGUAGCAUUGCAAAUGGUGCAGCAGAUUUAACAUCAUUUAUGUUAAGUGGUUAUCAGCAUCAGCUUGCAGCAGCUACUUAUAUGCAACAUUUACAACGUAUGAUUGCUAUGGAUAAUUUUUCGAAACAAUAUUCUGGUAUAUGGCCUGGAACACCUCCUACCGGAACACCAAGUUUAAAUAUUGGUGCCGCAGCUGCAGCUGCUGCAGCGACUGCAGCUGCAGCUUCUAGUACUAAUGACUCAUCAAAUAAUAGUGGUACCUGA